GACGACGGUUCCGCGUCCUGAACUUUGCAGUUUGAGGUUGGUUGUUCUUUUGUUGACACAAACUGCAGUCUUCCGCAGCCACCUUUUACAGUUCAUUUAAGAGAAAAGUCUACUUUGGUUUGGUAGAUCGAAAGUCUUUAAAAAGGUGCUUAAGAUGGUAAUGUGGGUACACAAUCGACGCUAAACAGGGCAGUCAAUAUGUCAAGCCUCAUAAUAUUGGAGUCGGAUGCAGGGGAACUGGGAGACAUUGAUGACAGACUCCAGAAAGAUGGCUACAGAACAAAUCUUCCAGUUGAGCACAAACUUCGCUAUUUUUGGAGACAGUUUCUUCGAUCUGAAACCAGUCUUAAAUCCUCUCUGGAGAGUGUUGAGCAGCUGCGUAAACAGCAUGGAGAAGAAAUGAUUGAGGUGGAGAACUAUGUUGCACACAUAAGACAACUGUCAGAUGAAAGAGAAGCAUUGACUCAAGAACUGGAGACUGAAAACGAGCAGCUUAAGGCAGAACUUGAGCAAAUGAAAGUUGAAAAAGAGGCAGGAGCUUAUGUCUCAGAGGAUAUAUGUGACUUGUUAACUGAGUCUGGCUUGACGCAAAUUGGAAGAGACACUAAUCCAGUUAAGGAACAGGUGAAUUACUUGAUAAAGGAAAGAGCUUCACUGUCAGAGAAAGUGAAAAGGCUUGAACUUGAUAAUGAAACACUCAAGAAUAAUUCAAACUCAGAGCAGUCAGAUAAGCGGCUAAUGAAAAUUAUGGAGGAAGAGAGGAAAGACAUGGAAGAGGAGAUGAAUAGAAUGCGUGAAAUGAUGAAGCAAGUGAAACAGGAAGAAAGGAAGAUUCAUGAACAAGAAGUAAAAAAAGUUACGGAUGAGAAUGAUAGCUUGAGAGCCCAGCUGGAUAAAGUUGAAAAACAGCAUAGUGAGGACUUGAAAGAACUAAUUAACAGACAUCAAGGAGAAAAAUUGAAAUUGCUGGAGGAAAGAGACCAAGAGAAGGAAAAAACUACUGCUCAUGCAGGCAAGACUGAUAGAGUAAUGGCAGAAGUUGAGGAGCUGAAAGGGAAAAUGAAAUCCAUUGAACUUGAGAAAACAUCUCUACAAGCCACAGUACGGUCACUGGAAGAGGAAGUUGAUAAAGAAAAGGAAGAAAUUAGUAAGACAAAAGCAUCUCAAGAAGCUUCAAUCAAGAAACUCAAAACAGAACUAUCUGGCACUAAGCAAAAGCUCCAAGAGACAGAGGUAAAACUCAAAACAAUUGAAGAAGAAAAGAGGACCAUUGAAACUCGGCUACAGGUGGCACAAAAAGACCUUACAACCAUCCGUGAUCGGGAAGCAAAACUCUCCAGUGAGAAGGACAAUGUUUUGACUGAAGCUAAAUCUUCAACUCAAAAGCAACAAAUUAGAAUACAGCAACUUGGUGAUGAAAAUAGCAGUCUGAAAGAACGACUUCAGACAGCAGAUGAUACCAUUGAACGACAGAUGAAACAGAUUGAAAAUCUAACCUUACAGCUUGGAGAGGCAGAGAGGAAUCUUGCAGAGAAAGAAGAAGAUAUGGAGUCUUUAGACAAAUCAUCUAAAGAUGAGCUCAACACACUGAAGGCAAAACUAGCCAGAACCGCAAGUGAAGCAACCACUUUGAAAGAGGAACUGUCUGAAACAAAGCAAAGACUUAACAAGAUUAUGUCUGACAACAAGACUAAUGAAAUCAGUUAUCAGGAAAAGCUAAUGGCAGAGUCUGGCCGCAGCAAGAGUGCUGAAGAAGAGAAGGAACUAUUGCGUGAACAGAUUGUUGACUUGAGAAAGGAUCUUGAAGCAUCACUGGCAGCUAGUAUGAGCAGAGAGAAAGAAACCAUGGAACAGACUGCAGCUUUGGAAAAAGAGAAGGAAAAUCUAGCAAGAGAACUUGCCUCUUACAUUAAUAAGGAAAAGGACAAGUCAAAGAAAACUGAUGAGCUAACUGUACAGUUACAAUCAAUGGAAAAUGAAAAGACUUCCCUUCACGCUGUUGUGUCCACACAAGAAAGACAGAUUAGUGAUCUCAAUAUUAAGCUGGAGAAAAUGGAUGAGAAGUGUGCUGAGUUUGAAGAGCAACUGCAAAAAGAACAGAACAGAACUUUAGAGUUAAGCACACGAUACGAGUUCACUCAAGAGAGCAGCAGCUCUGCUAAACAAGAAGUAGAUCAGCUUAAAGAGGAAGUGAAAGUGAUGUCUGCACAACUUCUUAGACAGCACAAUGCUUCCUUGGAUAGCCAAGCCAAGUAUGAGAGGCUAAUUGUGGACAUGCGCAAUGAGAUCGAGCGUGAACGAGAGAAAUCCUCCGCAGAGCGUCACUCCUUGGCGAGUCAGUUAGAGCAAGCAACCCGGGAAAGUAAAGAUUUAAGUGCACUUUUACGAGAAAGAGAUGAGGAGCUUAUUGCCCUUCGUGCAGAGCUCACCAACGCUAGUCACACUGGAACCAAGGCUUCUACAGCUCUGGAGUUUGAGAGCAAAAUGAGAGGAAGCCUGGAAAACAGGACAGCGCAACUAGAGAAUGAGCUCAGUAAGGCCUGGGAACAAAUUAAGGAAUUGUCUGAGAAGGGAUCAAUGUUGGAGACAGCAAAGAGGCACCUAGAAAUUGAACUGGAUAAGAAAAUGCAGCAGCUGCGUCAAACAGAAAGUACACUUCAUAGGAGACAAGCGGAACACACUGCAGUUCUGGUUGCUAAGGAUACUGCUCAACAACAAGCAGAGCAGGCUGAGACUAAGUUGGCAGUUUUAAGGCACGAGUUCGAGGGAAUCAGUGAAAAGUUGGAGCUCACACAAUCAGAACUGAGGCUUGCAAAUGAGCAACUGGCUGAAAUGAAGCUUACUUCUGAAGAAAAUAACACUCUAAGAGUUCAUCUGGAAGAGGAAGAGGUUAACAAGGGAAUACAACAUCAAACUGUUCAAGAACUAGAAAAACAAGUCGAACUUCUUCGUGAUAGAGAUGCUCAGCUGCAAUACACAGUCAAAGAACAAGAGGCAAAGAUAGAGGCGUUGAAACAAAAAGUCAAGAAUACUGGAGAUAAGCAUAAGCAAAAGGAAGAUGAUGCAAAGUCUCUGACAGAAAGAGUGAACGAGUUCCAACAAGAAGUGGAGUACUUACAGGGAGAGUUGGUUAACGCUGCGGAAAGAAUUGAUCAACUACAAAGGAAAAACGACGAGAGAAAAACCAAGGCUCAUGCCACAAUCAGAUCACUUAAGGAUAGAUUUGCACGUGAAAAGAGAAACCUCGAAUCCACAGUGCUGUCCCUACAGAGCAGUUUGGAGCUGACUCAGGAGAGAAUGAACAAGGAGGAAGAACUUAAGGGCACAACACAGGCCGUUCAAAAGCAGCUCAUGGGAGAGAAACGAGAGCUACUUGCGAAAUUAACGGACAGCGAGGAGGUUAUCCGGGAACAUCUGAGAAGUUUACGCCAAAGGGAGGCUGCACUGAACGCGUUGGAAAAAGAGAAUUCUGAACUCCACGACAAAGUUAACUUGCUAGUGCAAGAAAAGAGUACCAUAUCAAGAGAACUUGAGAAAACCAAGGCUCUUCUAUCAAGUUCAUAUACAAGCCCCAAAGCAUCAGGACCCAUUGACUCUCAAGUACUUCAGAGCGCUUUGGCGCGCCUGAAUCAGGUGGAUACACUGGAGAGGUCCUUUUCAUUGAGCUCUCCUGACUUGUACUCCCCUGAGCACAGGUCCCCAGAAAGAACCAUGGCAGGUAACGCACUGAAUGGUUCUUUCAACGGUUCAUAUCGGCCGGGACAGAUGAAUAGCACAGUACAAUGAUACAUUGGGUACCCUGUGCACACAUACUGUGGACGCUUCUGUGAACAAUCCUGCAUGCGUACGUCAAGAGCGGAGUUCCUUUAUAGCAAAAACAAAUAUUGUUGUAUUUGUUUUAUUUUGUGAAAACAACAGUCCUUAGAUGGAAAGAGAUCAUCAACUGAUACUGGCGAAAAAGGAGCGAAAAUAUAACCGCUACCCAAAUAGGAAGCUAUCCCUAUUUGGUUUCCUCACUUUUGGAGUGCUACUGUUACAGUUUACACCAUCUGUUGAUAAGGAGAUUGUUGAAAUGACCGGAGAGUGAUCUCAAGCCUAUUGCUUGCACCUAGAAAUUGAGAGCGAUUAUUUAUGAACCAUUCAGUCUUGUCUCUUGAUACAUCCUGCAACCACCAAACUGACUGAGAUAAGGAUGAACGGGAAAAAGUAUCGCUGACUAGUUUUUUUGUUUGUUUGUUUGUUUGACAAAGGGUUCGCUUAACUUAUUGCAUUUUCUUCGUUUUAAAAUUACAUUCGGUGCGAAAGCUGUCCGAGAACCACACAAACUGUGAACUAAUUGUUAAAUGUGGACGAAAGUAGAAAUUUGUAGUCACAAAAGAAAGAGUAUUGCAAACUCCUGAACAAUUUUACGAGAACCCCCUUUUUUAAGUUGGUUAUUUUUACUUUACUGAACAUUGAAAACCCUAAUUGUGAAUAUUUAAGUCUGGAAUCGUAAUUUAUAGAAAUAACCACAGCUUCUUAGAUAGUCACUGAAGAAUUCGCAAUACUUUUUAACGCAAUUUUGAAAACAUUUUUAAUGAUACUUAGACCUAGAGAUCGUCUAAACUUGUGUCGGUCUCUUGGAGUGAAUUACGAAGUUAACUAAUGUGUUCGCGAGGAUUAAUAUAUUUCUUGUAUAGAAUUGUUAAUUUAUUAUCAUGGCCGCUAUUGACAGUAUCUUCAAAUGGUAUUAUAUAGUAAUAUUACUUUUAUACAUUUAUAACUGUAUUUUUUAAAUUAUUGAACAAGUUAUUGCUGUAAGUAUUUUGUAUAACAGAUUUACAUAGAAAGAAAAAAACCGACGUAAUGCUGGUCUUUGGUAAUCUCGCCAAAUAAAACAAAUUUUCAUUUUGUAGUGGCAUACGACAAGAUCGAGAACUCUGUGCUGUUUUAGGACUUUGAUGAAAGCUGUUUGAACAACAGGUAAAAACUGCUCUGAACGUAGCUUGCAAGAGCUUCCAUAAACACUACAGCAUGAGCAACCAGGCGUGCAAGAUUCUUGCUGGCUAACUAAGCGGGAGCUGAAUGUGAAGGGUUUAUGCGAAGUCGUCGUCGCCGACUCGAAACGCGCAGACUUCGCCGCCAGUGUCUCAGCGCCAAUGAGAGGCUGCUUGCAGGCUACUUUGAGCGCUAAGAUGUGGUUUCAUGGGCGGAUGAUCAUCAUCAUGAGAAUUUAUAGUAACAGACAACAUUGAUGCUUAUGCUUCAUCAAAUCAUAUAAAUGCUUGGCAUGUCUUGGCCCUUCUCUAUAAGAUUGAUUAGUUAAAGUGAAUUUUACUGCCUAGUUCCCUUUAUAAAAUAAACUCAAGAGUCGUGUAAACGAAAAUAAAUCCGAUGAGAAAUCUG